UUUGGGUUGGUCGUUUACAUGUUUUGUAUAAUAUUAUGUUGAACUUAUGUUCAGAAAUAAUCAAUAUGUAUAUAAUAUGUCGUUGCAUUUUCCAGUGUACUACUAUCAAUCUCGAUCCGUACACUCUAUAUUAUUUUAAAUCGCUAUAAAGAUUAAGUGACUUUUGAGCAAUAUUGUAGCCGGAGGAACGUCGGAUUGGAAAUUAGUAAAAAAAUCUCCGAACAAACCGACACCGGUUGUCAGAUUCCAGUGCAGUACCCGAAAAUAACAUUAAAACAAAUAUACAAAACAGAUCAAAUGGCACAAACUGUAACCAACCAAUGUUCAAACGUUCUUCAGACAUUCCUAUGCGAUUUGUGUAAAAAAAGUUUUUAUACCAAAAAGCAAAUUCGCCGUCAUAUGAUUACCAUCCACAAAACUGUAACGGCGAAUCGUUUACUAGGAAAACACAAGUGUGGCGUUUGUUUAAAAUCUCUUACCAGGAAAUCUAGUCUGGUAAUACACGAACGCAUACACACUGGCGAGAAGCCAUACAAAUGUGACGUUUGUUCAAAAUCAUUUAAGGCGAGAUCCAGUCAGAUGCGGCACGUAAGCAUACACACUGGCGAGAAGCCUUACAAAUGUGAAGUGUGCCUAAGGUAUUUUGCAUUAAGUUCUCACCUUAUCCAACACAAACGUGGCCAUAUCGGAGAAAAGUGUGCUAAGUGCUUAAAAAUUGUGUCCCUAAAAGACUACCUGGCUGGGCACAAAUGUACCCUUACUGAAAAGAAGACAUACAAAUGUGUUUUGUGUCCAAAACAAUACACUCGAAAACAUAACCUUACAAUACACGAACGAGUGCAUACUGGAGAAAAGCCUUACACGUGUGCGGUGUGCGGGAAAUCUUUUUCGUCAAUAUGCAUUUUGGUAAACCACGAAAGUGUGCACACCGGCGAGAAGCCCUACACUUGUGACGUGUGUUUCAAGAGUUUUAGUUUAAAAAACAGGCUUGGGUUACACAAACGUGUCCAUACCGGCGAAAAGCCCUAUAAAUGUGUUGUGUGCCUAAAAUCGUUUUCGGUAAAAUCCAGUCUGGCAUCACACAUACGCCUGCAUACUGGUAAAAAACCCUACAAAUGUGUUGUGUGCCUGAAAUUGUUUGCGUUUAAAUCCAGUCUGGUAUUCCACGUACGAACGCACACCAAUGAAAAGCCUCACAAAUGUGCCGUUUGUUCAAAAUCAUUUUGGGCGAAUUUCUAUCUGAUGCAACACGUACGCAUACACACUGGCGAGAAGCCAUACAAAUGUGACGCUUGUUCAAAAUCAUUUAGGACGAAAUCCGGUCUGAUGCGGCACGUAAGCUUACACACUGGCGAGAAGUCAUAUAAAUGUGACGUGUGUCUAAAGUGUUUUAGACAAUAUUCAAACCUUAUCCAACACAAACUUGUUCAUACUGAUGAAAAGCCUUACAAAUGUGCCGUUUGUUCAAAAUCAUUUAAGGUGAAAUUCUGUCUGAUACAACACGUAAGCUUACACACUGGCGAGAAGUCAUAUAAAUGUGACGUGUGUCUAAAGUGUUUUAGACAAUAUUCAAACCUUAUCCAACACAAACUUGUUCAUACUGAUGAAAAGCCUUACAAAUGUGACGUUUGUCCAAAAUCAUUUAAGGCGAGAUCCGGUCUGUCGCGGCACGUAAGCAUACACACUGGCGAGAAGCCUUACAAAUGUGACGUGUGUCUACAGUAUUUCACACAAAGUUCUCACCUUAUCCAACACAAACGUGUCCAUAUCGGAGAAAAGUGUACCGAGUGCUUAAAAUAUUUGUCCCUAAAAGACUACCUGGCUGGACACAAAUGUACAAAUGUUUUGUAUACCGAGUCGUUCAAUAGAAAUUCUUACCUUGCAAAACACAAACAUAUCCAUACAAACGAAAGGCCUUAUGAAUGUGACGUGUGUUUAAAAUCUUUUUCAACGAAAGCGUCCUUUAAUACACACAAACGGGUUCAUAACCCAGAGAAGCCAUACAGGUGUAGUGUAUGCUCUAAAUCGUUUUCAGAGAAAUCCUACCUCAUUGGACAUGAAAACAUACACUAUUAAGUUUGCGACGUGCGCCUAAAACCUAUUGCGGUGAUAUCCUACCUCGCAGAAAGCCAUAAACACGGAUUGCCUUGCGAAUGCAAAGUGCGCUUCAAGUGUUUUGCCCAAAAAUUCAACCCGGCACGACAAUAACGUGUCUAUGUUGAAGAAUAGUUAGAUCUCUCUCAGUCAUCAGUCUUUACCUAUAUUUUAAAAUUAACAUUUUUUUGUCUAUGUGUUUUUCAGUAUUUUAUACAUGUAAAAAAACAUAUUUUAGACAUUUAAUAUUUUUUGUUGUACAUUUUUCUG